UCGCCUUAUGCCACGAAUUCGGCCUCUGGCACGGUCGAAGUGCUAACACUGUCUCUUCCUACUGGAUUUCCACCCAAGCUCACCCCUUGCACUGGGUAUGGUGACUUCCCGUGCAAUCCAACAGGUGGAUAUCCAUAUGCCUUUCCUACAGCCACAGGAACGUCAAAUUCUCCCUGGGCACCGUCCAGCAUGAACGGUACUGGAACCAAUACCACGCAGUCGUCCCUUGUCGGUCCUGAGCAGACGUUCACUACUUCAGCCUCGUCGAAUGCGUCCGUCUUCACAAGCACCGAUCAAAGUUACACCUCAACAAGCUCGACAUACAUCAGUGCAACGUCCACGGCCGCGAGCAGCACAUCUACAGUGAGCGCCACCGAGUCGAGCACAACGACGCCCAAUGCUACCACCACGACAGGGUCUACUAAUAACACCGCUAUGAUGACUAUGUCCAUGAAUGCCACUCGAACCAUUUAUGCCACUUAUACUCAGACGGUACUGGCCUCAAAUUCCUCAUGCCCAUAUCUUUCAGGUUCAAGCUGCGUGUCGUCCAACGGUACUUCUUCGACACCAGUCCUGGGUCAGGGGACUGGGACUCCUCACUGGACGAAUACAUCAACCAGUGCAUCCGAAACUUCCUCUCAAAGCGAGACGAGUGUGCUGGCAACCCUGACCGUCGACAUCACUCCCACACCAGAGGAGUUCACCAUCACAGCCACCUUCAAUAUCCCUGGGGAGCAGACAACUCCUCCGACUUCCGCAAACGAGACGACAUCAUCUGCCGCGAAUGAGACGAGUAUCCUCACAUCUUCAGCAUCUGGGACCAUCACAAUGACCGUUGUCGUUGGUGAAAACACCACUGCUGCUACACCCUCGACGAUGCCGACACCGCCUAACGCAGGCUCGAUGACAUCUACCGGCUCCAGUGCUGUUGGCGCUGUCUCAGAAGGGGUUUCUUCGACCACAUACCAAUCAGCGUCAGCUUCUGCAGGAAGAAACUCCUCAACCAACAGCACUGCUAGUUCAUCCGCCUCUUCAAGCGCGACGAUAGCGUUCGCUUCAAUCACAGGGACUGCCAGUGCGUCUGGAUCCUCCUCAAACAUGACUUCCAACUCGACCUCCCCAAUCCAAUCACCGUACUGGACCAAUAGCACCUCAGCGAUACCGAGCACCACUCUUGGUCCCACAGCCUCGGCUUGGCUUGAUUGGAACAUGACCGUCAUCAUGAGCAUUUUGUCAGGAUAUAAUGUCUCUCUUCCCGGUAUAGGCCCGCAAGCGAGUAGCAACGCGUCUCUCGUCAGUCCGACCAACACUACCGGAAGUCAAGGUACGAGGACGACACCCAGUGCGAACUCCACAUCCUUGACUCAAAUGGUGUCCACCGGUAGUGGUAGCAACAACGCGAACUACACUGCAACUGGGACAGGCGCAACAACUUUCACGACAUCAUUUGUCUCGGCGUCGGACGGAGAUAACAACAACACUACCAGUUCAUCGCCGUGGCAUACAGUCAUCCAGCCUCGUCGAGUCCCAGCCAAGCAGGGAAGUAGGCUGGCUCGACGCUCCGAAGCACGUAAUCUCAGACAAGGCGAGAACGACGCAAAGAGUCAAUACGAUACGAGUGGUGGACACGAGAGUGCAGUCAUUCGCGAGCGUAACGGUUGGGUAAGUUGAGCCCCUCAUUGGUUAUGCUACACGAGUCGGCCCCAGCUGACAUACGUGUUAUAUGUAGGUACGAGCACAAAUGGAUCGCAUUCGCUUGAUCUUCCAAUGAUCUCAUCGAAUUUCCUGUCUC